GGAUUCCUCCUGAUAUCUCAUCCAUGGAUGCAUCGCAACUUCCCCGGGCUUGCAGUAGUCGCCCUGUCGAAUGAUCUACCAUGUAUACACUUGUGCUUGUACUAUACACAUGCUGUGCCUGCCUUUUCUUGUUCAUACCUGCAGUCUCUGGACUGGUCCUUCCCAAUAUGCCAAAUGGAAUCACUUUCUAUACUCGAGCAUCUCAUGCUCUCCCCAUUCGCAAUGCAUCCCUCCAUCGUAAUCCGUCAUCUCGGAAAAUGAAUCGGCCACCUUCUGGCUGCGCCGCAUAGCCCUUCAUGAGAAUCCUCUUUUGUCCUCGGUUCUUCAGGAGCCGCAGUUCUUCGACCUCCUCGGACAGCCCGCAGACCUCCCGUUACCAG